UUUCCAUCUGCACUAAAUCGAGGUAGCGCAGACUAACACCCCCAACACUCCAAGAAGACAAGCCCCAGAGACAGCCCCUGCCUGCGGAUAGUGUGGGGGCAGAGUGAGGUCAACUGACUUCAGCACUGUUACUGAGCAUGCUCAGUCCAUGUGAGCAUAUUCAGUAGAAGCCAAACAGCAAAUCUAGAGGGCACGUGACCCCGCAUGCAGUAUUUUGCAUUCAGGACAUGCCUGGAAUAUCUGAUAUCCAAGCUUAAUGUAUAAAACGGUUGGCUACAUUCCUAUGAGAGUCUUGGUGAAUUAAUAAACUUGUUGAUUAAUAACUAUCCUGAUUUGAGAAGUACUGUCCAAGGUAAAAGUAAACCUGAGAAAAACCUAGCAUUGAAAUUAGUGAAAUAAUGCUCUUGGGUUCUGCUCUGACCUCUGCCACUUGCCUGCCAGGUAACCUUGGGCAAGUCACUUCACUGCUCUGUGCCUCAGUUUCCCCAUCUGUAAAAUCGGGAUAAUGACCCUGCCUUCCUUUUAAAAAGUACUUUGACAUCUACUGAUGAAAAGUGCUAGACAAAAGCUAGGCAUUAUUAUGAUGAUGAAUAAUGAUUUCCCUUUCUUAGGGUUUUGAAAAUCUCACUCGGCACCUACAUAUCUUAAAAAAUGUGGCCCUAUGUUCUUGUCCAAGAGGGGAGGUAAUUUUUAUUCACGCACUUCAAACCUAUUUGUAUUGGUUUGUUGCUCUAAUAUCCAUUUAAAUCCAAACACUUGGCGGAAAAGAUCAAUUUAAGUGAAGUGAAACUUGGGGGUAUACAAGACAAAUCAGACUCCUGAAAGGGGUACAGUACUCUGGAAAGGUUGAGAAUCAUUGGUCUAGCAGACCAGUAUUCCUACAUUGAUAAAGCACUCCUAGUGUAGACUUUAGCUGUAGGUGCUUCUGAAAAUGUUAAACUUGGUGCAAGUUAUCCGGACCGACUGAAUUUAAAAUACCUCACUUUAGUAUAAUAGUGUGUUGCUGUGUAUAAUUAUUCAGUGAUGAAUGUUUGGCUGUAUUAUUUUCCCAACAGAGCUGUUAAUAGUUCAGUUUCCGCAGUAGGAGAGUGUCCAGAAACUGUGAUUUAGAAAUGGUCUGGGUUUAAAAACAUGAAAUAUUUUUGUAGCAAGUAUUCCCUAAUAGUGAGACCUAUUUUCACCAUUUUCCCCCCAGCACAGGAUUUUCCAUUCCCAAACCUGAUGUGAUCUUCCUGAUGGAGCAAGCAUGGGUCCCAGUUCUCCAAGGCUCUGAGGAAAGGGACAGCCUGAGCGGCACUGACACAGCAGGUGAUGGGACAGUGAGUGAGAACGAGGAGGAGAAUCCUCAGCAGGAAGGUCCUGAGCAGGUGGAACCACAUGGGACGGUAUCAGGACUAUCGAACAGGAACAUUUCCCAGAGAUCUGGGAGGAGAGACACCUAUGAGAGUCAGAGCAGGCCAGAGAGACAGCAGAGAAACCAGCCAAGGAAAAUGAAAGUGUGUCCAAUUCCCAAACCUAACGUGAUCUCGCAGAUGGAACGAAGGGAAGAGUUGGAGGAGCUGGAUCUCCGAGGCUCUGAGGAGAGGGAGAUCCUGAAACACAGCUGCCCAGAUGCUCCUCUGGAAGAUCCUGAGCAAGUGGACCCAAACGGGAUGUUUUCAGAAAGAGCCAAAGGAAAUGUUUCCCAGAAUCCUGAGCAGAGUCAGCACAUAUCAGAGAGGGAGGAGGGAAACCACAAAGGGGGGAGAGAGGAAAAAUCUAGUGACUACCAGGGAGGUUUCAAUGUUCUUAAUGAAACCACGAGCCAGCUGAGAGUCCACAUGGGGGAGAGAUCCUACGAGUGUGCUGAAUGUGGGAAAGCCUUUAGUUGGAGAUCACACCUUACUGCCCAUGAGAGAAUCCAUACAGGAGAAAAACCCUAUAAAUGUCUGGACUGUGGGAAAAGUUUUAGUCAAAGAUCCCACCUUACUACACAUGAGAGAAUCCACACUGGUGAGAAGCCCUAUAAAUGCCCCAACUGCAAGAAAAACUUCCGUCGCAACUCACAGCUUAUUAAUCAUCUGAAAUCGCACACGGGACAGAAGCCAUAUAAGUGUCCCGACUCUGGGAAAAGCCUCCGGCGGGUUUCACACCUUACUGUGAACAGUGGAGAGAUGCCUUACAAAUGCCCAGACUGUGAGAAAAGCUUCAGUCAAAUGUCUCACCUUGUUAGACAUCAAAGGUUCCAUACGGGAGAGAAGCCUUAUAAGUGUCUGGACUGUGGGAAAAGCUUCUGUCAGAGCUCAGACCUUAUUACACACCAGAGAACCCAUACAGGGGAGAAAUCCUACACGUGCCCUGAGUGUGGGAAAAGCCUCAAUAGAAUCUCACACCUUGUUGCACAUCAUCGAUCCCACACUGGAGAGGCGCCUUACCAAUGCCCCGACUGCGAGAAAAGCUUCAGUCAGAUGUCGCACCUCAUUAGACAUCAGAGGUUCCACAAGGGAGAGAAACCCUACAAGUGCCUGGACUGUGGGAAAAGCUUCUGUCAGAGCUCAGACCUUAUUACACAUCAGAGAAUCCACACAGGAGAGAAGCCCUAUAAAUGCCCCGAGUGCGGGAAAGGAUUCAGUCGGAGCUCAAACCUUAUUGCCCACCAGAGAACCCACACAGGAGAGAAACUCUAUCAGUGCUCCCACUGUGGGAAGAGCAUGACCCGGAGUUCAAACCUUGUUCGACAUCAGAGAACUCACACCAGAGGAAAACUUUGUAUAAAAAAAAGCCUGGCUCCAACCUAGCCAUGGUGAAUAAUACCCUGGCCUUUUCUCAUUAAUGAUGGCUGUGUUUGGACCCAGUUCCUCAAAGGUAGUGAGGCUCCUAAUUUCUGUUGAAAUCAAUAGACAUCAGGAGCAUAAAUAGCUUUUGAGAAUCUGGGCUUUGGCUCCAAUGUAUGCCUGGGGCAGGGAGGAUGGGAACCAGAGAGGAUGGUUCUGGAGGGCACAGUUGCUUGGGAGUUGUGACACAGAUGAUGAACAUAGGCAUAUCUUCAAAGACCAUUAUACUGAGAGAGAUCAUGCACAUGAAUCUGCAGAAUGUUCAUAGUACUUUGUAUCAAUGCAGGCAUGUGUUUUCAUGCAUUCUUCAAACUUGUAGGGAGUGAUUUAAUGCAAAACUCCCAAACCUGGCUAUAUAGAUGUCCAAUCUUUGAAGUCUGACCUCCUGGACCAUAGGGGGAGUUAUUAAAACUGGUAACUAACUCAGCUUCCCUGAAUGGAAGAUUCACUCAUAGCAAUCAGGUUGAUUAUUGUAUUGAAUUAACUGGAUUUGACUGUUACUUUCAGCAAACUGAAUAUUCUCUGUUAAGCUCGUACAUUUACCUUUCUUAUUUUGCUUUUCCUUUUUCUCUAGAACCAUCUUGUUUGCUGCAAUUUCUGAUUUAUUCUUAACAGUAUUCUACUUAAGAAAACUGAUACAUUCAGGAGCACUGGUGGAGUGGUUUGGCUUUGCAAUGUCCUGAACUGGACACGGGAGACAGAAUUGGGAUGAUGUGGUUUUUUCUUACUUGAAAUGCAGAGGAAUAAAGUGUAACUGAGUUUCCUAAACUCUGAGUCUUACAACACAAGUGAAAAUGGGCUGAGAUUGGGGCCUGUGGGAAAGUCUGUUGAUAACACUGUCCUAGCACUGCAAAUCUGCGUAUAUCUGCAUCCAUGAAUAUCAACCAUGGUUGCGGAUGGAUACGGAUCCAAAUUUUAUACCCAGAGCCCUGAAAAUCUGCGGAUAUCCACUUGGUAUCUGCUUGAUAUCUGCAGAUCAUGUUUGCGGACCACAGAUCGGAUACAGAUACAAAUUUUGUAUCUGCCCAAGGCUCUAGUGACUGUAAUUACAUCAUAGGUCUGCUUUUUGAUAUAGUCAUCCUCACAGAACCAUCAAUACAUUACUAUUGCCCGUUUAGUUUCAUUCUUAAUGCAUUACACUAUAAUAGCUCUGACAUAUACAUAUGCCAGGGUAGCCAAACUUACUGACCCUCUGAGCUGUAUAUGACAAUCUUCAGUAGUUCGAGAAAUGCAGCGCACCUUUGCUUCUGCUGAAGCUCCGAGCCCUGGCCAGCGUGCCCUGCGAGGCCGAAACCCCUAGCCCUACCACCUGGCUGAAGGGCAGAAGCCCUCUCCCCACCACAGCGCAGAAGCCCUAAGCUCUCCCUGCCUCCAAUCUGGUAGGCAGAGAAUAGGAGGGUGUCGGGGGCUCCAUGGGCUGCACUUUAAUUGUAGAAGAGCUGCAUGUGGCUCACGAGCUGUGGUUUGGCUACCCCUGACAUAUACCCAUUAAAAAAUCCUAUGACUAAGAUAGCUCCAUGGCUGAAUUCCUUGUACCUGCCCCAGUUAGAGUCUGAGUUAUCACAUGCGCUGUAUUUCUCCUGUCACCACUCGCUUUAUUUUCAAUUUCAUUUAUUCGUCUAGGAGCAAGUAUCAAAGAGUUAAUCCCAGCAUAAGGCAGGUGUAAAUAAUUAUUAAUUUAGGUGGAGUCUAAAAUACCUGGGUUCAGUAUAAAACUACAUAACAAGAGAAUCAAUUGAGGAAUUAAUCUGCUCCUUGUAUGAGUUAGCAGUACUGACAGGGUAUCUACAUUGAAAUUGCAGUUCCUGGAUUAUAAAUUCCCAGUUUACUUAAUUUGAAAUGGAGUAUAAUAAAAUAAGCAAAGUUAGAAGUGGAAAAUGUCCAUUUGCUCCCAUCCUGUCUGUUUCCCUCAGCAAAGCGGGAGUGUUCUGCAGGUUGUCUGCAAUUUUGUGGCUGUGGCAUUAACAGCGAAUCCACCCCACUCCCACCCCUUGCUGCAGAAUUUUGUUCCAGAACCUAAAUAUAGAGCUGCUCCUAUGCACUGUGGUGAUACAAAUAAAUAAUCAGGUUUUUUAAAGAAAAAAAUAUCCAGCCCUUAUGACUGCAAAUAAAACAUUUAAAAUGUGCUUAUCAACGCUUGUGGAUAUUGUGCAUGAGGAUGGGGCACCUGGCUUGUACUAGUGGUGCUGGGUUGGGGAACUGCGACUUGAAACAGCACCCAUCCCUCACCCUCACCAAAAAUCAGGUCGCUUGUGACUACACAUUAGUUCCAAAACCUUCAACUGACUGUCCGUGCUAAAACCCGGGCUUCCCACUCUUUCCACUGGGGAGACUGUUCCCCAGAUCUCAUUGCCAGAGCAUGUCCCCUGCCCUGAUAUGCAAUUUAAAAAUGAUUAGGCAUGGGGAAGAGGGGAUACCACUCAAGACUGAAGUGGCCUAUUGAGAUGUAAAUUUUGAGUUCCCUUCUCAGCAAAGGUCCCUUGAUCUCAGGAUUUGGCCUUUAGCGAUUCCAAGCUGAAGUCUCUAUUUCUUCUGCUGCCCCACAGAAAUUUCAUCUGGAAGUUGGUCACACCUCAACUUUAGGAGAUGCUUGUAUCUGUUUAUGUCUGAUGCACAACAAGUUUUCAAAAGUGGAUUGCUUUGCUUUAGGGUAGCUGGGUUGGAGCUGAGUGAAUUUUUUAUUUUUUGCAGCGAAUAGUAAAUUGACCAAAAAUGUGUUUUGGGGGGUAUUGAAACUACUUUGGCUGAAAACAAAACAAAAACUUAAGCAAUGUCAAUAUUUUGAAUCCACAUUUUAUUUCAAAGUGUUUUUGUUUGUUUUUUGUGAGGGAAAAGUCACUUUCAGUCUGAAACUAACCAAUUUUUUUUCAGUUUGGCCAUCACACAACUCUGUAUCUGAAUACAGUGAGGUUUGGAGGGGGCUUAAUUAGCUCCAAGCACUAGUGGCUCUGGUAAUUGCUAUGGGGGGGGGCAUGUCUUGUUCCCUCCACUCUGGUAUCAGCUGAGCUUCCUGGGUCACAUGCAGAGAGUAGCAGCAAUAGCAACAACAUCCAGAAGUUGGACCUGCAGCUUCCCAAGUGGGAUCUGGGCCAUGGACAGACCUUCAUUAAAUCUGCCUCUGUGCCUACCAGAGUGGGGCACUUUCUCCAGUGGCUGGAACUAGCCCACAAAGGCAGCUCUGGGUUCAGCUGACAUCAGCUCCUGAGGCAGAGCCUCCAUGUGAGUGAGAGAGAAAAUGCUGGGGAAGAGCAGGAAAGUGAUGCUCAAUCCUGGGUGUCAGAGAUCUCACAGCCCUUGGGAAUCUGCUCACCUAUUUUUAAUGCCCAGGAAAGAGCAGUUUCAGGGAACCAUGAAAUGGUCACAGUUUUGGGUUCCCCUUUGUCUCUCUGGAGGUGACAUUGCAAUGAAGGGAAGGGGUGAAUCAUAAUGAAAUGGAGGGAGGGAGAUGGAGUUAUGUCAACUUAACUUUGUAGUGUAGAUCAGGCCAUGGUCUUCUAUGUGCAGUUAAGGACAUCACAGGAAGAGGUGAAAAGUGGGGGUGGGUAGGAAUAGCCCAUCAAAUCUUCAUUUUAAAAUCUAACCUCAUUACUGCUCCCCCUUGGGCUCCCCUCAAAUUCCACAGUGAUGAUUAGAUCUGCCCAAGGAUAGAGACAUGUUUGCUCCAUCAGAUAUGGCAGGUUUUUAAAAAAACUUGGACUGUGUACAUUUCUAAGAACUUUUCUACAGAACCCUCUUCCUUUUAAGUUAUGUGAAACCUCCUGAAAUUAUCCCUGUAGGUCUUUUAGGGAUUGGCACCCUCAAAAUCUUUGCUAAUCUUAGUGAAUUCCCCACGGCUGUGGGGAAUCCUUCUUUCAGGUAUUUGUGCUUCAAAAAUUGUUAUUUCAUUGAAAUAAUAAUCUCUCUCAACAUUCCCAUGCUCAAAUAAAUUGGUUAGUCUCUAAGGUGCCACUAGUACACCUCUUCUUUUUGCAAAUACAGACUAACACGGCUGCUACUCUGAAACCAGCCUUGGAUAAGGGAUUCCUGUGCUCUGGUUUUUAAGGGUAAGUGGAGGAGGAAAGAGGAGAGGAAGGCGGUAGAAAGUUGCAAAAUAAGUUAAAUAAAGCUUUAAAAAGUAGUACCAGCCUGGAAGAGUGAACACGAUGUCAGAGGGGGAAGAGCAGUUAGGCAUGCAAAUAAAAUAAGGGUGAAAUUAAGGACUGUAUCAAGGCACACACCUCAACUAGGCUGCAUGGAGCCAGGUGAUGCAAGCCUGUGGGCUAGAAAAUAAAGUUCCUCCCAAAAUCUAUUCAGCAAAAGGGUAAAAAGCAAACCCACUCUUAAGUUUAAGCACCGAGUGGCUUUACAAACGAUGAGUCUUAAGUCUGAAAAUGUUUGCCGUUCGCUUUUUAUGCAACUUCUCUGCUCCCUUUGGGGUGUAGUUCACUCAUUUUAAUAGAAUCCAUCCAUUAUAUAGUUUCCUUUCACCCAACUGUGCAGCCUUCCUUAGGGGUAAUUCAGGGUACAGGACAGCUAACUAUGAAGCUCAGUGAGGUAUGAAUUUUGGCGGUCAAAAUAGGCCAAUAAUUUUUUACUCUUACUCUGUGCUCUUACGUGCCAUCUGUCGUACACUGUCUAAGUAGGGUUUACUGUGGGGUUAGGGAAAGGGCAUGCUCUUCUGUACAUAACUUCCAUAAUAUGAUGAAUGUGGGGACUUUGGUAAUAUUUUUAUGAUUCCUGUGUGUGCCUCAGUUUCCCUCUGGGCUUUGCAUUGCCGUGGUAUAAUUACAUUACUAAGGGGUGUGUGAAAAUCUACACCUGUGAACGACGCAGUUAAACCGACCCAACCCCCAGUGUGUAGACAGUGCUAAGUAAACAGAAUUCUCCCAUCCACCUAGCUACUGCCUCUCAGGGAGGAAGCAUACCUACGCUGAUGGGAGAAGCCCUCCUGUCAGCAUAGGUAGUGUCUUCAAUGAAGCACUACAGUGGUGCAAGCCACACAGCAGCGUUUUAAGUGUAGACAAGCCUUGAGUGUAAAGCGAAGGGAAUGAGCUGUUAACUCAGCAGGAAACCAGAAUCAUUAACAAACUAAAUAAAGUCUACACAUGUGAAUGUAAACCCCAGUGGUCGGGACAGUAACACCUAGCAACUAACAGCCAAGAGGAAGGAGAUUUCCCACACUGCUCGGCUUCCCUGCAGAGAGAAGGUCUCCCAGCUGGAGAAGAAAGAGGAGAGGUAGUAGAGAGACCAGCUUCUGUUGGUGAGAGAGACAAGCUUUGGAGGGGAAAAGUGUCAGGUGGCUGUGUUAAGAGCUAGGACACAGCGCGCGCGCGCACGCA